AUGCCGCUGGCGCAGUCGUCAUUCCCCGCCCCGCCUGACUCAGACGGUGGCAGCAAAGAAGGCAAACCCGAAAAGGCCAGCAUGACACCAGAGCGUAGGACGCAGGAGCGAAUGUGUUCAUCGCUCACCUCUGCCAGCGUUCUCACAGGUACUCCUGGUGCCUCUGUAACCACUUCAGGGAGAGGCAACAAAGACUGUGAGGCUGAGCGCAUCGAUGCCGAACACCACGCUGUGUCAGACACACAGGAUCAUGAGCCCCUGCUGCACCAGUUGUCGUCCUCGACAGACAUUACGGACUCUACAUCGUCACUCCUGCGACCCCAGCUAUUCACCCUCCUCCACGGUGCCGGCACCGCAAGAACUGCUGCUGGAGACGGCGCGAGUAGUAGUGUGGUGAAUCCAAUUCUCGCGCCGAUUUCCUCUUCCACACCCACAACGGCGGUGUCUAAGGUGAGUGCGGAGCCGCUUGGCACACCCUCGCCUUGCCAACAAAUUGAACCACAGCUGAGCUGUGACACGAGUGCCGCUGCUGCUCUAAACAGCAGCAGCGCAACGACUCCCCUAACAACCGCUGGCGUCUCCGCAUGCGUCCUGUUCUUCUCUUCUCCCAGGGGCCGGAAUCUCUCUAACGCUAGUCACCGCCUCUAUCAAACCUUCUUCCUCUGGGCUGACGCGGCGGCAUCAUUGGCGGCGUCGUCGUCGACGUCGUCGCCUCAGACGACCCCGACAGAAAAAUCCCGCGUACUGCCGCCGCUGAGCAGCAGCAGCACUCGAGCCGGUCAUGAAGAUGCCUCAGAUGCUGGCGCCGCCGCAGCGGUGGGGCAUGUGGAGGCAGAGGGCCGAUCAGAGUCGACGGGAGUCACUGCGCCACUCCUUACCUGGGUGCACCCCGCCAUUGAGAAGCGACGACCGGCGGGUACCGACCUGCCUGAUGAUGGGACAGCAGCAGCGACCGCAGCAACGCCAUCCGUGACUCGGCAAAGGCAGGCAGCGGGCGUCGGCUGCAGCGAUGUCGUCCCUCCUCGCAGUGUUGCGAGCUCUCUAACUAGCUGCUCUGUCACUGCUGUCACGCAAAGUGGUCCUCAGGCGAAGGAAAGCAAGAGCCACACCUUUACCAAGGCUACUGCAACGCAGGCGCCGUUGUUGCCGGAGUGCGAAGGUGUCGGUUCCUCCUCUGCUCCGGUCAUUGGCUGCUCCUCAACAGAAAGCGGUUUGCCCCCUGAGGUAUCGUCGCAGCACACCGAUGAGAGCGAAAGCAGCUCGUCCGAUUUGAGGUUUUCAUCCACUGCUUCCCCCAGCAUGCACCUCGCGCGGUACACCACGGAUGCGGAGCAGCGCAGUCGCCCAUCGGAGAGGUCAGGCCAUGCGGGUAACCCUCACGACCAUGGCGACUGUAGCCGCGACAUCAAACCAGGAGGGAGCCGCGACGAUGGGACGAAGGAACGUAGGCCUAACCACGACCACAAUAGCGAUCGCCACGGCGCGGCGCGAUCGAGGGACGGGGAUGUCGCGUAUAUCACCAUGUCUUCUCUCAUCACCCAGGUGGCCGUGCCUCCAACUGUCCAUGAGGUGCUUCGUAACGCGAAUGCCACUAAGGAAGAGCUGUGGAUGGCACUGCGAACGGCCUGCCAGCAGUGUGAGUUGCUUCAGCGUCGUCUCGCACGAGCUGAGGGAGCACUAGGAAAAGGAGAGGAGGGUGAAGCGACUGAGGACGAGGAAGGGGCAGCGGAUGAAGAGGGUGCGCUCACUAACACCACAGCGCACCGACGCCGGUGCCGCCAUGUGGACAAGCCCUCAAAGAAACCCUUGCGCACGCACACGGUAGAGGAAAAGAAGAAAGCUACAAAUAGGGGCAACACUGUCAAAGUCGUGAGCGCGGCGCAGAGCAGAACGUCAAGUACGCGGGCCGAUUCAGCACAGAUGCCCAGCAGUACCGCUCCACCGACUCCUACACAAACGAGCCGCCAAUCCAGCUCUGGACACCAGGCGCGGAAGCGCUUUGCAAAACCUGUCCCUGCUGCGGCAUCGACUCCCCCAACUUCGGCAUCUGUCCUGUUCAGCGGACGCACAAGUACUACCGCCGUGAACCUCCAUGGCAGAGGCUAUUGUAGUAACAGUGAUGCGUCGUCAGCGCUGCGCAACCGCGUAUCGGAGGCGAUUCGCCGCUUCGAGGCAAAGCGCAAGGCCCCACCGCACUCUCCGCGCGUGCGCCAGUCACCCGAGAUGCACACACGCCCUGAAAUCUGCGGCUUGGGUAGGCCAAUGAACUCGCGUGAUGUCACGAAUGGUUCGCAGCUUUCUCGUGCAUCAACUGCCUGCAAAACUGUGCGUGAUCCCCAGCACUCGCCGCACAUGGAAAGCGGCAGCUCUCGAAGUAGUUCUGACACAGGCGCAGCGUCGUGGUGUGUAUCGAGGAGCGGAAGCGCCAAUAGUUUAGGCGAGGCGCCUGUCUCCAGCGGCAGCGGGAUCCUGAUGAUGCCCGAGCAGCAAGUCAUCGCUGGAUUGGAGGCGCAAGAUCACGUCGCUCAGCGCGGCUGUAAAUCCACUGAGCGAGUGCAACCGUCACCGAAGCGGCAGAAGUCCCGCCACCGCCAUCGUGAGGCGCCGUUGUUGUCAGUCAACUUAGUUUCCGCAACGCAGGAUGAGAGCGUCUGCUCCAACGGUCCGGCUGCCGCCACGGAAAGCCUGACAGCACUCUCCGGAGCUGCAGGCUCCAUCCCGGCCACCUGGCCGUCAUACGGUAUGCAGGCGUUCUGCAAGGGUAGUAGAGGUGCGGAGAGCCGCAACGGGGGCCCACGUGCGGCCUGCAGCCCCAUGCAGCUGAGCACAGCGCGGCGUCAGUCCGGAUGGGCGCAACCGACGAGCGCCAACGGUGCCUCGGCAGCGGUUAUUGCCAGUCUGGUGACGCCUCUCAGUGGUGCAUUGCCUGCUCUGCACCCCUCCAUUGUUUCCAGACGUUCGCCCACUCUACGCCCCACCCUCCAGAGUGGGGAAAGCAUCUCCUCUGAAUCAGCACGGUUGCGGCAGCAUCCUUCGCCGAAGGCGACUCCCUACAGGGCUGCCGCCGCGCGCGUCUCGUAUCACACCACUCACAAACAGCAGCGUACGUCUCCUCAAUCGCGCAGCCCCAAGACAGCGGCGCUUCCAGCAGCCUCUGCAACGCUGGAGAUGCUCAAGCAACUACAGCAGGAAGACGCGCCGGUCCCGCCCGUCACCAGUGACGAUCAGAAGGCAGCGCUGCGCCAGUGGAGACGCGAAGCAGCAGUAAUGAAGGUGAAGGGGUCCGCGCCAACGUGCUAG